AAGAGGAAGUGACGCCAGGGAGAGGCCGCAGUGGCGACGUGUCUUUAGAACUAGAGUCUUUUUCUUAGCGGAGACUAAGCCGGUGCCACAUAAACUGGUCCGAUCCGACGUACCGGGGCCAUUAACGCGCUGAGAUCCAUACAGAGGGAGCCAUGGGCAUAAAAUUUUUAGAAGUUAUAAAGCCAUUCUGUGCCGUUUUACCUGAAAUCCAGAAGCCUGAAAGAAAGAUUCAGUUCAGAGAGAAAGUAUUAUGGACUGCCAUCACUCUGUUCAUUUUCCUGGUCUGUUGUCAGAUCCCCCUUUUCGGUAUCAUGUCGUCAGAUUCUGCAGAUCCAUUCUACUGGAUGAGGGUUAUAUUAGCAUCCAACAGAGGCACCCUGAUGGAAUUGGGCAUCUCUCCCAUUGUCACCUCUGGCCUCAUCAUGCAGCUGUUGGCUGGAGCCAAGAUCAUUGAGGUUGGGGACACGCCCAAGGACCGUGCGCUCUUCAACGGGGCACAGAAAUUGUUCGGUAUGAUCAUCACUAUUGGACAGGCCAUUGUGUAUGUGAUGACUGGGAUGUAUGGUGACCCCUCCGAGAUGGGGGCUGGAAUCUGCCUGCUAAUCAUCAUCCAGCUCUUUGUGGCCGGUCUUAUAGUCCUGCUUCUGGAUGAGCUGCUACAGAAGGGCUAUGGGCUGGGCUCUGGAAUCUCUCUCUUCAUCGCUACCAACAUCUGUGAGACCAUUGUCUGGAAGGCCUUCAGCCCAACCACCGUCAACACUGGCAGAGGGACUGAGUUUGAGGGAGCUAUCAUUGCCCUCUUCCACCUGCUGGCCACCCGCACAGACAAAGUGCGGGCGCUGAGGGAGGCCUUCUACAGGCAGAACCUGCCCAACCUCAUGAACCUCAUCGCCACGGUCUUUGUGUUCGCUGUGGUCAUAUACUUCCAGGGCUUCAGGGUGGACCUUCCCAUAAAGUCUGCUCGCUACCGUGGCCAGUACAACACCUACCCAAUCAAGCUCUUCUACACUUCCAACAUUCCCAUCAUCCUGCAGUCUGCCCUGGUAUCCAACUUGUAUGUCAUCUCGCAAAUGUUGUCAACACGCUUCAGUGGGAACUUCCUGGUUAACCUACUGGGCACCUGGUCUGAUACAUCUGCGGGUGGCCCAGCUCGUGCCUACCCUGUUGGUGGUCUCUGCUACUACCUAUCUCCCCCAGAGUCUUUUACUUCGGUCCUUGAUGACCCGGUCCAUGCAGUCAUCUACAUAGUCUUCAUGCUCGGCUCCUGUGCUUUCUUCUCCAAGACCUGGAUUGAAGUGUCUGGCUCAUCUGCUAAAGAUGUGGCCAAGCAGCUGAAGGAGCAGCAGAUGGUUAUGAGGGGCCACAGAGAGACCUCGAUGGUCCAUGAGCUGAACAGGUAUAUCCCCACCGCAGCAGCGUUCGGCGGCCUCUGCAUCGGCGGCUUGUCUGUGAUGGCCGACUUCCUGGGGGCCAUCGGCUCUGGCACUGGGAUCCUGUUGGCCGUCACGAUCAUCUACCAGUACUUUGAGAUCUUCGUGAAGGAGCAGAGCGAAGUGGGGAGCAUGGGCGCUCUUCUCUUCUAAAAUCCCUCUCAGCAGACAGACCCGGCAUUUUUUGUACUUCACUUUUGUUUUUUUUUUUAAGGAAUCAUACACAUGUCUGUGAUCUAGCUCUUGGAGUUUUGAUGGGUGAACAUCCUUCCAUUGGAGCCCAUGGGGCAGAGUCACAUUUUGAACUGGACUUUAAGUGAGAUUGCAGGGGGCCGAUAUGUGUUACAGGACGGAUUACCCUUUUCACAGCAUCCAUCUCUCCAGUCUGUUUGGUACAAGAUGACAGGGGGUUUAUUUUUCCUCCU